AAGCGGUUUGAAACGUUGUUUUUGAAUUACUGUGACUUGGUUGUGAUGGUAGUGGCAGUGAUGGCAAAGCGCAAGCGGGAAACAAGUUCCCAAGAAUCAAAUAAGGUUUAUGAUAUGAAUUCAGCCCCUGAACCACAUGUAGAUCUUAUUACUGCAUUGGACCGAAACGAGAAGAUAUUUCAAGAGAAGAUGAGGAAGAUAUUUGAAAAGUACAACAAGCCCUUUGAGAAUGACCUCAUUCUGAAUAUAGAAGAAAUGACGGCUGUCACUAUAAAUGGGGUUGAAAUGUUUAAUGGCCGUAAAUUUGAAAAAAAGAAGAUACCCAGAAGACAUUCAGCGGCUAAGAUACAAGUUCUUGGAGAGAGCAAAAAUGCAAACAAUGGAGGCAGCAUUGUACAUGGUGAAUGCAAUCUUGAUGUUACACAAGAUCUUCCUUUGGGAAAUUCUAAGGUGUCCGAUGACAUCUUCAAUGAAACAUUUGAAAUUUCUGAUGAAGACUCUAAUGAACUGCCUUCCAAAGAUGAAAAUAAGGGUCAGUUGGUGGAGUUUAAGAGUCUUAUACCAUUAGUGCAUCUGUCAGAUACAAGACAUGGUAAAACAUAUGUUGCAGAUGCUGACAUCCUUCUUGAGUCAGAUGAUCAUGUACCUGCUUCAAAGAUUUGUAUUGAGCGCAAAGCAGGUGAAGGAUUUUCAGUCACAUACUCUCCUUUGAAGACCGAACUGAAUGGCCCAGGUUGUAAAAAAGAUAUCUCUCGAAGAUAUAUUGAAAACGGACGCAGUAAUCAUGUUUCAUCUCCUUCUAAAUGCUCUUUCUUCACGCAACUUAAAAGAUUCAUUGGGAGGCACAAUAGUGACAUUGUGCCACAUGGUACUACAUUAUUGAAAAUAGCGAAGGUGGAACAUGAAACAGAUGAUGAAUUUGCAGAUGAUGAUGAAGAAUCCAAUGCCUCUGAUCUAGGGAACAUCAGCCUAGCUGACUUUUACCCAAAUAUGAUUGAGUGUCUGAGCAGGUUGAUCGAUUUUCCAAGAAAAGAAAGGGCUGCUACAAAUAUAAUCCGGUAUUAUAGGCGUCAUGUUUGGUGUGCUAAUAAACAUAGGCUUGAUCUCGUGAAGGCAAAGCAGGCCUUUUAUAAACAGAAGAGAUCAAAACUUAUGCUAACCUCAAACCCGAACAAAGGAUCAAACCAGUUCGCCAUUGACUGCAAGCCAAGCAACCGGAGUCCUAGGCAUAACAGUCAUAUGCAUACAUCUGGCAUCACAGAAUGUAUGGAAAGAAGACCUUUCUCUGAAUGUUUAGAUACAACACAAAUGCUUAAAGUUUCCAAGCCAUAUGUGCCACAAGUUCCUGUUUUGUCCCAAACUGUCAUUCUUAAUGCUGACAAGACUUUCACGUGCAAUGAGACCUGUGUGACGGGAAGUCCAGAGCGCUGGAGACAAAAGAACGAAUUGUCUGCAAGGUUGCCUCGUUUUUCCUCGUCAUUGCUUAGAAAUAGUCUUCUUGCUAAAUCGCCUGCAAAACUUUUGUCGGAAACUUGCCUAAUCCAAAAUCCCCCGAAGCAGUAUGAGAUUAAAUCCGCUGUUCUGUGUUCCCCAAGCCACAACAGACUGGUAAAGCAGCAACAUGAAGUUCAAAGUACUCUAAGAAGAAGGCACUCUUUUUCUACAUUGCCUAGUCUACAAAGGGCUGCUAAAAGCGCCACGGAUUACUCGGUUGCCUUUGAAUUGGUGUAUAAGAAGCUUGUUCUAGAGGAUUCCUACCAAAAAUCUUCCUCAUUGUCUAUUACUCAAACUUGCUUUUCAGACACCGUAAACGCUCUGGUGAAUUCACCCGGUUCCAACAGAGGCAAAAGGUUAGCGAGUGACGAUCUGUCGUUAUCUAGGCUUAAAAGAUACCGUAUGGCAGACUCCUUUGAACCGCGUGUUUCACGAGGAAGUUGUGCAGAUAACUGGAAUUCACCGUGGAGCAGAAUAAACGUAUCUCCUCAAAUGGCUGCUUUAGACACAUUCCAGCAUCGCAACUCUCCAAGGCGAAAUCCGGAUGUUUUUUCAUCCUUCGGAAAGCCCACACAACCUCAGAGUCUAUUUCCCUCUGGUUCAUCGUCACAGAGGGUGUGCAAUGGUGGAAGUCCCAGAAGUCCAAAGACAUGCAGCUCAUCUACCUCUCUAAAUAGGAUAAAUAACAGUGUUUACCGGCAACUCAACUACAAGUAUAACAAUUAAGAGGAUGAAUGCAGUUUGAAACCAUUUAAGCAGCAGUCUACGUUUUGUUUAGAGACGGAGGAAAAAGCAUCAAAUUAUA